AUGAGCAAGGGGCUUACCUUGAGACCCCUGAUCCCGCUCUUUCUACUCGGGAUCCUUCUUAUCUGGGUUGGUUCUGGAGAAGUACCAACAUCAAUAUCUGUUUGGGAGCGUGGCCAGGACCGCCACGUUGGCAAAGGGCCGCCGCGCAGCGAGCCCACCUUGGCACCGCAGAGAGAGGCGGGCCAGGAGCAAGACUCGCCGGAAGAUCCAAACCGGCAAAGCCAGACAAAGCCGGGAAAGGGUCGUGGCAAGCAGGAAGGUACCGCAGCUGCACAAGUCACGCGCAUAGACUUUGGAUUACCUCAGUCCGUGGUCGCGUCUUUACAGGCUAUUGCUGCGCGCUCAACACAGGACCUUUGGUCCUCCCCCGCUGCUGCCGCUUCCGACCUCACCAUCGAACAACAGCACUCGCGCCAAGCUUCCGCCUCUUACAAGUUGUCGAAGAGGAUCGCAGGGAAUUCCAAAGCGAAGGAGGACCUCGCGGUCGCGUUGGCGGAAUGGGCCGGCACUAUCGGCUUGCAUCUUGCUGGGUUAAUCCAACGUGUCAAGGCCCUCGGAGACAAGAUCGACGAGGACCUUCGAGCAGCGUGCCAGGAGAUGGAGACGACCCUAGCCGAUCUUCCCUCUUCUACGACUGCAGAGCGCAUACAGGCAGCGCAUUCCAAACUGGGGCCUGUUUGGACGCCCCCUCAAGUCGACGAGAUAGUCCGGAUCGCAUCGGCCCUACGUGCUUUCAGUGUAGUGCCCGGCGCGGCCACCAGCAGUGGAGACGGACACUCGGCUGUUUUGGGGACGUCCCUUGGACAUACGUCAACAAUCUCUACGCCGCUCCGGGAGUUCUCGGCUCUUUCCGGAGUACUGGGGACUUCACCGAUCUCGGGAACCUCCGGCCCUCUGCUCGUGGCAGGGCCUGCGAGGAACCUGGAGAGCAUGGAUCCCUCUGCUUGGCCUGGUACGACUGGAGCAGAGGAUGCAGGCAGGGACACAGGGGCCACGGGCUCACGCCAACGACGGUGGAAGAGGGGCAAUGUUGCCCUUCCCCACCGCCCCAGCAAGAGCCCCCGGCGCGAAGAAAGUGGAGGUCCGCCUUCUGUAAGCGAGAGGUCCUUGGAGCCUCCACCGACACCUUGGUUGCGGGGAACCACCGGGCGCACGCCAGAGACGACCCACAGGCCUUCCUUCACCGAGGUGACCGACGACGUCGAGCUCUGGCCCGAUCCAGCCCCAGAGGGACCGGUGUCUUGGCUAACGGCAUGGCGUCGAGCUGCACAGUUCUGCUGCGCCCAUGGCAGCGAGAAGAUCGGGGAGGUGGCGGCCGAUGUGGAACAGGACGCCAUUUGGCCCCUGCAUCUGGGAACGGAAGCAGCGGUCCUCAGCGCUCAAGCAGAAACAGAGGCCUUUUGGGCUGCGUUGCCACAUGCCAUUUCCGAGGCCACCGAGGUGACGUCAGCCGACCUGGUGGCGACCUGCCAGGACCUUCUCCAGAAGCUUCGUCUUUGCCCGAGUGCACUUCCCGGGACCCGACAAGGGGUGGUUGUUCUCAUACAAGCUACGCUCGGCAAUCUUAUGCACUAUCAGCAAUAUGGACCAGCUACCGCACAAGAGUGGCUUUACCCGUCUCUGUUGCUGGAGCACGGCGCGACUUGUCAAGGGAUACUACCCACCCAGCUCGCAGAAUGUAUGCGGCCACUCUUGCGCAUACCGGGGCCUCUUCUGAGCGGAUCCAUGCCGAGUGCAGACGGGGCGCUAUGA